AUGGGUGAUAAAAAAUGUGAAGACCAGCUUUCAGAGUUGAAAAUGAUUAGAGCCAGACACAACGUUGCUCCUUUAAACAUGAAAAGUGAUAAUAGGAAACUAAAAACGUCAACGUUCAAUUCUAUAACAGGUAUGCUAAGUAGUUUGAAACGUAGUUUUCCGGAUGUCAGAAACAACAAAAGUCUUCGACGAGCACUAACUCAACACGAUUAUAGUUCUGAAAAAAGUGGCUUUUUCAGUGAAUCAGAUCAACUUCUUCAGCAAGUUGACAUGAAAUUAAACCAGUUAACUCAGCGAAUGUGUUCAGUGGAAGAAUCUAUAGCUGAUGAUAUACAUAUAAUAAUGAAUCUUUUGAGACAAACAGUUAAUUUAUCAAAAGUAGCUCCUUGUAGUAAAGCACCAGGUUCUUUUUCAGUGGUUGGACUAAAUCAUUCAACAACAAAUUUAAAGUUAGAGAACAGAGGUGAAAUAUAUAAAAAUCAGCAACCUGCAAGGCUAGACAUCCCCUGGAUGUUCUAA